ACCUCUUGGGCCAGCUUGUAGCUGGCUAUGCAGUUUGUGCCCCCCCACGGCCCGAUGGAAGCCUACUGUUUUCCAAGGGCCAGCUCUGCCCAGGUGGCGGAACUGGUCGCCCUUACCAGGGCCUGCUCCAUAGCUGAGGGCAAGUCUGUUUCCAUCUAUAUGGGUUCCAGAUAUGCCUUCGGGGUGGUGCAUGAUUAUGAGCAGCUCUGAAAAUAUAGAGGAUUUCUUACCUCUGGAGGAGCACCCAUUGGUCAUGACCCUUAUGUUAAUGCCCUUUAGCUUUAGUCUGCAAUUGUUGUUGUUAAAUGUUCUGCCCAUCAAAAGCCCUGUGAUGAUGAUGUUAUGCGCGGAAAUGUCCUAACAGACGCUGCUGCCAGGCAAGCAGCCCUUUCUGGGUCUCUAGCUCCCUCUGAAAUUUUUGUCUUUGUAUGCUGCAGCCUCUUUCUCCAGCUGCGUCCCCUCAUGACCUGGCGCUUUUGCAAGAGUCAGUUUCUGAGGAGGAAAAGGACAGUUGGAGAUGAAAUGGGUGUUCUCCACACCCUAAGGAUGCAUUGUGGUGCACUCCAGAUGGUCGCCUGGUUGCGCCCCGGGCUUUGCUCCCCUACCUUGCUCGCGUGGCCCAUGGUUUGGCCCGCGUGAGCAAAGGAGGGAUGAUUGUAUCAAAUCUCAUGGCAUUUUCGAUCAUGGCUCAACAAUAUUGUAAUUCUUGCCCUAUUUGUCUGGCACACAACAGUGGAAAGCCAGUCCGGACUAGACCGGCAGCUCACCCCACUCUAUGGGGACCCUUUAUAAAUAUUCAGAUUGAUUUUAUAAAUAUGCCAAAAUGCUGCUCUUAUGAAUAUGUGUUAGUUUUAGUAAUGUAUUUCCUUGUAAAAAGGCAAAUGCCAAAACUGUUGUAAAACUUUGGCAUACCUGUGAGUAGCAACAGUGAAUGUGAACCUAAUUUUACUGGACAAAUUAUAAUUAAGUCAUGUGCAGCUUCACAGAUCCAGUAUGGCCAAAUGCCCUUAGAAGGCCACUUCCAAUUAAAAAAAACCGCACUCAGCCCUCAUAAAAUUUCUACCAGGGCACCCAAUGUAACUACCGAGAGUGCCCUGCUGGCUUUCGCUCAGAUGGACAUUCAUUUAAUAAAUGGCACAAUGCGUAAUUAUUGCCAGGCGCUAAUGAAAUGUGUUAGGUUUUUUAUAUACAGUAGCUCUGUCGCUCGCUGAAACCAGAAGACUGGGUCUACAUGGAGGUCCACCAGCAAGGAACUGCCCUGGCCCCAUGCUGAAAGACCCUUAUCAAAUCCUGUUGAUUAUCAACACCACUGUGAAGUGCCAAGAAUUGACUACCUGCCCAUGUUCCUCACUGUAAUGGCUCUCCGACUGAUGAUCAGUCUAUCUUUCCUUCUGGUGUUGUUACUCCUUCUGGACGGCAGGAGUGAAGGACAAGGGAAAAAUGGGGAAACACUGCGGCCCGAUUGUCCAGUUCUGAUUGGUUCCUUUCUAGACUGAAGAAUUUGGAUCACCCUAUUUUUUAUCGGAAGAACAAGGCCCUGGGGUAGAGGCAAAAAUGUACAAAAUGCCCGUCUGCGUGCUACAGCUAAGCAGGGUGGUGAUGAACCACAAGCUCUGGGCUGUGUUUAUCAUUACCUUCAAGUUCAUGUCCUUUGUCUCCAUAAUGUUUUACUGGAAAAUCACUGAGGACGCCAAAGGCAAGAAUCUGCUCUAUGGGUUGCCUCUGGAAGUCAAAUGUCCUCAAUCUGUGCCUUCUCCUCCACCAGGUGUAUCUGGCAGGCCACCUCCACCGCCUGGGGAUAUAUUUUUUGUGGAGACCUCAGAAAAAACCAACCCAAGUUUUCUCUUUACGUGCUCUGUCGAAUCAGCAGCCAGGGCUCACCCUGAGACCAAAGUUGUCAUCCUUAUGAAGGGCUUGGCAAACAGAAAUUUCACUCUUCCAAAACACUGGGGCUUCUCCCUGCUGAGCUGCUUCCCCAAUGUGGAAAUCCGGCCACUGGACUUGAAUGACCUUUUCUCUGGUACCCCUCUAGCUGACUGGUAUUUGGUGGCCCAGCACAGAUGGGAGCCUUAUUUCUUACCCAUACUUUCUGAUGCCUGUAGAAUUGCUAUCAUGUGGAAAUUUGGGGGUAUCUACUUAGACACAGACUUCAUAGUCCUUAAGAACUUAAAGAACCUCACUAAUGUUCUUGGAACCCAGUCCAAAUAUGUAUUGAAUGGGGCUUUUCUCUCUUUUGAAGCCAAACACAAGUUCAUAGAGCUUUGCAUGCAGGACUAUGUGGAUAAUUACAAUGGCUGGAUCUGGGGGCACCAGGGCCCACAGCUUUUAACCCGUGUUUUCAAAAAAUGGUGCUCUAUCAGGAGUCUCCGGAGCAGUAAAAGCUGUAAAGGAGUCAGUGCUCUUCCCAGAGAAGCCUUUUAUCCCAUCCGCUGGCAGGACUGGAAGAAGUACUUUGAAGUGGUCAGCUCCUCAGAGCUUCACAGACUGUUCAAGAACACCUAUGCAGUGCAUAUUUGGAAUAAAAAGAGUCAAGGGACAAGAUUUGAGAUCACCUCAAAAGCUUUGCUGGCUCAGCUGCAUUCCCAUUACUGCCCUUCAACAUAUGGGAUAAUGAAGAAGUAUUUUUGAAAGGAAUUGAUUGACCCACCUGUCACCUAACUGAACAAAGGAAGUAGCCAAAACUGUUCAGCCUUCCAAGCAAAAAUGUACUUUUGAAAGUGUUUAUAUCUCUGUGAAUCAUCAAUCACCAGGCAGUGUGAUGUAGUGAAAUUCAAAGAUAAAUGUACGGCAGGCUGAAUGUAGGUUGAACACAGGAGUUAACUGAAGACUGAGCAGCGCUUACCACGUUUUCCUUCCUUUCCUUACACUCGGGUCCCUUUACACUACUCUGGCUGUGUAAAGGGACCUUAAGAUGGAAGUAAAUAUUACAACACUCUGGCAGCAUAAAGAGGUUUUAAAGUGAGAGUAAACAGUCUUUAUUCUGCCAAAAGGGCAUAAAGAGGCCUUGGUAUAAAUGAAAAGCUGGAUCUAGGUCAUUGGUUGAUUCUUGUGAACUCCCAAGUUCUCUCUUUAAAGAAAUAAAGUGAGGGAAGCAGAGGGAAGACGAAUUGAGGAAGAUGUUAAAAGGAGGAUCAGAAAAGGCAGCCAGGGAAGGGAAUAAGGAAGAUGAGAGAAGAAAGGGCUGAUUUCAUUUUUAAACUUUUUUUUUUUCUUACUGCAGAAACCAGUGGCUGAAUGGAACUUCUACAUAUUCCAGCUUUUAUUUUACAAAGCUUUAACGGGACACCUGCUGUGUGUAUAAGGAGCCAUGUGCUAUAUAGUCCUUGCUCAGUUCUUAAUGGGGCAAAUUCCCAUGGUCUCCAGCGUGAGGUUUGACUGUGUAAAGAUUUCAGAGUUUGUCCAAAGGUGUGUUUUGUUUUGUUUUUUAAUUAAAACUUCUAAGCAGCCAUUGGACAAACUUUUUAUUUUAAACGAGGGUCAGAAUUAGUAUGCUAUGAAGAUGCAAGUGAUGGGUGUGUCCAAAUUAUGUCUUGUCUGUCUUCUGAUUGGAGAGCUGUAAAAUGUCACUUUCUUUUGUUGGAAUGAUCUGUGGAUUUAUGUGCAUACACCCACUGCAGCUCUCCCCACCCAUCUCCAUCACAGUGGUAUCUGAGCAACUAUUAAUCAUUUUAUUCUCACAACACCAUGGAGAGGUAGGGAAGUACCACUCUCCUAUUUCACAGAUGGAGAACUAAGAGACAGAGGGCUGGUCCACACUAGGGGGGGGAAAUCGAUCUUAGAUACGCAACUUCAGCUACGUGAAUAACGUAGCUGAAGUCGAAUAUCUAAGAUCGGAUUACUCACCCGUCCACACCGCGCGGGAUCGAUGUUCGCGGCUCUCCGUGUCGAUUCCGGAACUCCGUUGGGGUUGAUGGAGUUCCGGAAUCGAUAUAAGCGCGCUUGGGGAUCGAUAUAUCGCGUCUAGAUU